GUAUCGAGUAUGUACUUGUUUUUACUCGUAUCGUUUCAUUCGUACUUUUGGCUGGGUUUCCGUCUCAAAUGAGUAUAUACAUACAUAUAUGGUUUUGAGUCUAGUCUAGUUAAACUUUGAUAAUAUAAAGCCAGAAUAACAAGCAUUUCGUAUAUUUCUCUCAAAGCAACGUCAGCGUGGAGUUUCCUAGAUGGCAGAAGAUUUACAAAAUUAUAAGUUGCAAUUACAGCAGGUUGAGGCUGGUUUACUCACAGAUCCUAAAAACGAGGAAUUGUUAAAGUUGAAAGAGGGUCUAGUGGAAGUCAUUGAUUUAACCAAAGACUUAAUCAGAACACAAUUUGAAGAACAAAAAAAGUCGUAUAUUGAACCUGCAUCCAGUUCGACAAUAUCAGCAUACUAUGAUGAAAUUGAAGCCGCCCUUUUAGAGGCAGAAAAACUGGUAACUACUUCACAAAACUGGAAAGUGGGAGACAAAUGUCAAGCUAAAUGGGUAGAAGAUGGUCGUUACUAUGACGCAAUUAUUGACGAUAUUAGCGUUAAUGGAGACGUUAGUGUUAUUUUUGAUGCUUAUCAAAACCGGGCACAAACUACAAUUAACGAAUUGCGAGAAGGAACCUCUCGAAACGAAGUGUUUCCCUCGUCAAA